AUUUAUUUUUGGACGGUACAACAACCCUGAGUAAACAAGGCUUUCAUUUCAUUUUCUGAAAAAGAAAGAAAAGAAAAGCAAGAUCCUUCUGAAUGAGCGCAGUUGGAGUUUUCCCACUGCGUUUUCGGUUCAUGAAACAAGCUCCCUUAUUUUCGUGAUAUUGGAGCACCUGCUCUUUUGCGACGCUCCCUAACAUCAGAGGGUCAUCUCUCCACGCUAGGUUACUAAAGUGCUCUGCAGUGACUCGUAUCAGCUCCUGUUGUGAAAUAAACAAACGUGUCCUUGCCCUCUGCAGCAGAGCUGUUUAAACUGAAUGGUCAUAAUGAGUUGUACAGAGGAAAGACCUCGCUGAGGGUGUGAAUAGCAUCUAGCUGAGGACACAGUGAACAGCUGGUGCUGCGUGCCGGCUGUGUCGCCAGUCAGAGGCAGAGGACCCAACCAUCUGAAGCGGAGUGGGGGUAGUCAGACUCAGAUAAGCUGUUUACAGCCCAGCCAGCAGGCCCACGGUUCGUCUGAAGCGAAGAAUGGACGGCUUCAUUACCGCAGUGAAACAUGGCUUUUAAAGAGAGGCGUUGCUCGGUACUGCUAGCGUCGACAUAACGGGACCAGGACUCCUAAAGGAAUGUUCACCCUCACAGAAGUCGCCUCCCUGAAUGACAUCCAACCAACUUAUCGAAUACUGAAACCAUGGUGGGACGUCUUCAUGGAUUAUCUUGGUAUUGUCAUGUUGAUGCUGGCUAUAUUUUCUGGAACCAUGCAGUUAACCAGGGACCAGGUAGUUUGUCUCCCUAUCCUGGAACCAGCCACAGAGGAUACUGGGGGACUCCUAGCUUCCCAGCCACCAGAGACAGUUGAUAGUUUAUGGAACAAAGAAAGUGCCAUUGGAGAGCAAGCUGCUCCUUUAAUGGCUAAAAAGCCUCCUGAUAUUAUCACCCCUACGAUUCAGUUCACAACCCCGGGUACUUUAGGGCAGCCUCAGCCUACAGGAGUCCGGACCAAGCUUGAUUUUCAGCAGUAUGUGUUUGUCAACCAGAUGUGCUACCAUGUUGCCCUUCCUUGGUAUUCCAAGUAUUUCCCAUACCUCGCUUUGAUUCACACUAUUGUGCUGAUGGUCAGCAGCAACUUCUGGUUCAAGUACCCAAAGACAAGUUCCAAAGUAGAACAUUUUGUUUCCAUACUUGGAAAGUGUUUUGAAUCCCCUUGGACUACCAAAGCGCUGUCUGAGACUGCGUGUGAGGACUCAGAGGAGAACAAACAAAGGAUAGCUGGGGCUUCCUCCCUCCUUAAGCAUCUGUCCACAAGCAGUGAGGAGGGAAGUCCAAAUCAGUCUGCCCCAAUGCUGAACAAAUCUGGGGUUACUUUUUCUGCUGAAAAACUGGUUAGUGAAAUUCCUUCAAUGACCAUACUGGACAAGAAGGAUGGCGAGCAAGCAAAAGCGCUGUUUGAAAAGGUUAGGAAAUUCCGCGCUCAUGUGGAAGACAGUGACUUGAUUUACAGGCUGUACGCCAUUCAAACAGUCAUCAAGACAGUCAAAUUCAUUCUGAUCCUCUGCUACACAAUGACUUUUGUUGCCUCUAUAGAUUUUGACCAUGUGUGCGAGCCUGAAAUAAAACAUUUGACUGGAUACAAAAGGUUCCAGUGCACACACAACAUGGCAUUCAUGCUAAAGAAGCUCCUUGUUAGUUAUAUCGCUCUUAUAUGUGUUUAUGGUAUCAUCUGUAUCUACACACUGUUCUGGCUUUUUCGACGACCACUAAAAGAGUAUUCCUUUGAGAAAGUCAGGGAGGAGAGUAGCUUCAGUGACAUUCCAGAUGUCAAAAAUGACUUUGCGUUCCUCCUCCACAUGGUUGACCAGUAUGACCAGCUCUAUUCGAAGCGCUUUGGUGUUUUCCUCUCCGAGGUGAGUGAGAACAAACUUCGUGAGAUCAGCCUGAACCACGAAUGGACUUUUGAGAAGUUGAGGCAGCAUGUGACUCGCAAUCCUCAAGACAAGUUGGAGCUCCAUCUCUUUAUGCUCUCUGGGUUGCCGGAUGCUGUGUUUGAUCUCACAGAUUUGGAAAUACUCAAACUAGAGCUAAUCCCAGAGGCCAGGAUAACAGCAAAGAUCUCACAAAUGAUAAACCUCCAGGAGCUACACUUCUAUCACUGUCCUGCCAAAGUUGAACAGACAGCUUUUAUCUUUCUUCGUGAUCACCUCCGGUGCCUUCAUGUCAAAUUCACAGAUGUUGGGGAGAUUCCUAGCUGGGUAUACAUGUUGAAAAAUUUAAGAGAACUUUACUUGGUUGGUAAUCUCAACUCAGAAAACAACAAAAUGAUUGGACUUGAGUCUUUGCGAGAUCUAAGGCACUUAAAGGUUCUGCAUCUGAAAAGCAAUCUCACAAAGAUCCCGACAAACAUCACAGAUCUGUCUCCACAUCUGAUUAAAUUGGUUAUCCACAAUGAUGGGACAAAACUCUUAGUGCUUAACAGUCUAAAGAAAAUCCUGAAUCUUGCAGAACUGGAACUUCUGAACUGUGAGCUGGAGCGUAUCCCUCAUGCCAUCUUCAGUUUGACAAACCUUCAAGAACUUGACCUAAAAUCCAACAACAUCCGCACCAUCGAGGAGAUCAUCAGCUUUCAGCAUCUAAAAAGACUUACGUGCCUCAAACUUUGGCACAAUAAGAUCAUCACCAUUCCUCUCUCCAUAAGCCAUGUCAAAAACCUCGAGUCGCUCUAUCUUUCACACAACAAACUCGAAUCUUUACCUUCAUCCUUAUUCACUCUCCUCAAGUUGAGGUACCUUGAUGUCAGCCACAACACUAUCACUACUAUACCACUGGAGGUUGGCUUUCUUCAGAACCUCCAACACUUUGCCAUCAACGCCAACAAAGUUGAAGUCGUUCCCAAGCAACUUUUCAAGUGCUUGAAACUAAGGACCUUAUGUCUCAGCCACAACUGUAUCCCCUCCAUUCCAGAGAAAAUUGGCCAACUCUCGCAGCUUACGCAUCUCGAAUUGAAAGGAAACUGUCUGGAUCGUCUUCCGGCUCAGCUAGGUCAGUGCGGCCUCCUUCGCCGGAGCUGCCUCAUCGUGGAGGAUCACCUCUUUGACUCACUUCCAAUUGAGGUCAAAGAAAGCAUCAAUCAGGAAGCUAGUGUUUCUUUUCCAAAUGGAUGCAAGUGUCUGAGUGAUGGGCGAUAAUUGCAGCCCAAAUGGCAUCAAAUGUCCAGCAUCAUCUUUGGUACAAAGUAGUCAUUUUUAUACUCAAGAAGCUCAGAGUAUUCGUAUGCCUCAUGAUGUAUCAGCAAUUUAUAUAAUGAUCAAAGCAGCACAUUGGUACCACUGGAGUAAUUUUGAGUUUAAUCAAGAAAUAGUCAUGACAGUAUACAUAUACAGUAUAAACUACAGGAAAAACUUGAAUGCUUGAACCCCACUUAAAGAUAAUGCACUACCUUUUUUAUGCUGUGUCUGGCAUUUUUGCAGGUACAGUUUGGGAUAACUUGUCCCAAGGUUCAUUUAUGCAUCCUUAACUUAUAAAAUACAGUAGAUAUGCACAUAUAAUAUAGCUGUCACUACACUUAUGCUUCAAUCCGUACUUUACGGAAGGACGGACGUUGAAAUAAAUGCAUCAACCAGCAACAGCGGUCAUGCAAAGACCUCCACUUCACUUUCACUUCCAUCCAACUUACAUUCAGUUUUGUCUCAUCUCCAUAGGUGGUUUUACUAUCUGGAAAUGGUAGGCAAUUGCCUUGGGUCUUGUCCUCCAAGGGUCCUCAAGACACUGUCAUUUUAGUUGUGCAUCAGAUAUAAGGUAUAUGCCUAAACCUACUUUUAAUGUGUCUAUUUUGAAUGUAAAUAAGGGUCCAAGAGUGAAUCAAGCUGUAUCAAAAUAGUUUCCAAUUAUCCCAAAAAAUCACUGAGGAAGACCCCUGGCCCCAACAUCGAGGUCCAAGGCCCUACAAAGCCCCAAAAUAUCACAAAGCAAGUUAUAGUUAUGUAGAUCCCUGUAGACUUACUGGAACAAUGAGUUGGAUUAAUGUGUAGUAAAAGGCAUGCAAUAAAUAAAAACUUAUGAUUUGAGGUAGAAGAACGGGUAUUACACCAAAAGUUAGAAUAUAUAUUUUUUAUUUUAAAAGUUAUGCCUAGACUAGAGUUAUGUAGAAAUAUUUAGAUGUGGUUUGUUAAAGUGAAGAUGCAGUUCUAAGGGAUGAUGAAGAACUGUUGGGUAUUUACAUUUCAGACUUGUGUAUGUUCUCUAGUUCUCUGGCUUUGCUACCUGAAAAGAGAUGUGUCAAAAUACUUUUUUCACUUGAUAUGGUUGCUUUUUGCUAGAUUGCCUGGGGACUCCAAAUUACUAAAACAGCCCCUGCUGAUCUCCGCCCAACUAUUCUGUUGUAGCUGUAGGUAACAUCAUAUAUAUGUUUAUAGUUCCUAACCACACUGCUAAUUUUCAAAAGCAUUCUUCUUAGUUGAAUUUUGCUUGUCUGGCUUGAGCUGUUGUCUGCUCUGCUUAACACUGUCUUCUUGAUUUCUGGUAGUAUUGCAACAUUUGGACAGUUAGCCCAUAUCCUCAACCCUGAAAAACUGCCACUUUAAUGGUUGAUGCCACAGAUGCCCAUCAUUAAGGCUCCAGGGUCUUCAGAUGAUUAGGUCACUUUGAUUAUGAAGUAACUCAUGUAUUAUGGCCUUCGCAGUCACCAUAUUUAAACCCAGUUGAACAGAACUAGGUGAUUACUAACUAAAAUCUGAAACAGCAACCUCCACUACCCUUAUCAAAACCCCAGAAAAAUACUUAUUUUUUGGAAAAUUGUGUCCAGUUGCUGCAAAUGAAUUCAGAGUAGAAAGGAAUUCCAUGGUGAAUUCAUCAUAUUCACAUGGUGACCAUUUUUCACUGCUGGUUUGCCCAGUGUGGGAAACAUAUGGUCUUAAAGCUGUAUGAUCCUGUUUAUAGUUAAAUAAAUGUAGACUAUAUUUUAGUCAUUUUAACCCACCCCAUUCCACUAGUAAGGAGACAACUGACAGGGAAAGGGUAAAUGGACUUGUAUGGCUCUUUUCUAAUCUUCUGACUUUUCUAAGAACUUUACAAGCUCACCCAUUUACACCACAUUUACAUGCUGAUGGAAAAGGCAUGCUAAACAAUGUACACUUUUCACCCCAACCUUCUGGUUGAUGGACAUCCAGCUUUACCGUUGAGUUUAGGAACACUAGAGGCAGACUUUUAAGUUAAAAUAGCUUAUUUUAAACCAACUAGCUUUUGUUAAAGGUACAGUGUGUAAAACUAGGCAAUGUUAGCAACAUCAAACAGUCAGAUUCUAGAUUGGGAUGAUCACUUCUGAUUGUAACUGUGACAACUAUUAUUAGAAAAAUAAAUGGUUAAUUUGCUCCCUUCUGUGAUACUGUAGAAACAUGCAAGGCAGAAGGCAGACACCAUGGAGGGGACCCUCCCUGUGUAUGAAUAAAUGGCUUAUUCUAAGUUAAUAUGGUUAAAACAAUCUUUUAUAUUCAGAUGGUUAAGUACUAACUUAGAUAGGCAUGCUUAUUCAUAUAAUUUCAUUUUUUCCAAGAUUGUCCACUAAAUGCUACUUGGCUAAAUAUAACGCACUGCACCUUUAAACAAUAGCAAACAUUAGCAUCUAGCCAGUACCUAGCAUAUAUUUAUUUUGUUAGCAAUUUAUGCCUUUCCUAUUCCAUUUUAAAACAAACUGUUUAAACCUUUCUUAGCUAGGAUAUCUCAUAAAAUCACACUGCUAGUAACCAGGAGUAUAGUAUUUCCCCAGUUAAAUUCACACUAUCUUCAACAACUAUAUAUUUUUUACCCAAUAAGUCAUGUGAUGAUGCUGUAAUGUGUCUUGCCAGCUGAUCUUCCGCAGGUUUGGACUAUUCUUGAUUGACGGGGCAAACCUGCUCCCUGCUGUUUGGCCAACCUGCAUGAGAUCGUCUGAUAAGACAGAAAGAUAUUAUUUUAUGAUAUCCUUUUUACCUCGCCACCCUGAGUGUGAUGCCAGAGGAGAAAGGGUCUCUGAAUAAUUGAAAAAGUCUCUGAUUAAUCCAAAACAGCAUGUGGUGACUCGAUAAGCCGUUUUGACACUUUGUUUUUAGCUUCAAUGCUAUUUUUUGACCUCCGUAUUUGUUCCACUAACAUAGAUGCAAAGUAUAACACUUAAAUGUCCCUGAUAUAUUUUUUACCUUUUGUAUGCACAAACAUCCACACUAAAACUAUGAGAAUUUUUAUGAAUUUGAAACAAUAAAUGUUUUUUAACUUUAGAUUUGUUUGAUUCUCUACAGAUAGAUACAGAUAAAUUUAUUCAGACUUAAAGAGAAGGUUAAUUGUGAAUACCAGCUUUGGUUGUCAAGCCAUGUUAGAUUUUUAUAGGCCUGAAAUUUUAACUAUCAUAUAAAAAAUGAUAAUAAUAUAAUGUACUAUAUAUUAAUAAUACAUAGAAAUUAUAAUAAUUUAAUUUUAAAACACCCAGAUCUUUUUAUGUGGUGUUAAAAACAACAAUAACAUGCUAUAGAGCAUCUUGGUGUCCUUUACAUUUUUUAUUACAGACAUUCAAUCAGAGAAAUCUUCUUGGUGAACUCUGUUUACAUUAAAUGUGUUGAUUGUCUACAGUGAUGGGACAUUUUUUUGUGGUAAAAGACUUUUGUAUCCAAACUGUCAGCAUCAUAGAUGAUACUUAUUCCUGUCUAAGGUAUUGAGACAGAGGGUCAGAGGUCUCUAAAGCGUGUUUGAAACUUCAUAAAUGAUAGAAAGAGGACCAUGAGAUCAUCACUUCUACUUUUGUGUUCCACAUCAAGAGAUUUUUUGCUCCUACCACUGCAGUAUUAUCCAAAAACAGCAUAAACAAAAAGAACAACAGUGUUAUCCUGUAUUCUCAUUAACUGUCUGCAUUCCAGUUUCAGUAUACAUGUAAAACAUUUUCACUCUGACACUAGAAUAAAUGAAGGUUCCUGUCUGCCGCCUUUUUGAAAAAUUGAAUCAUGCCUUUAUUUCUUAUAGGCCUAUCUUUCCCUUAAAGGAGCAGGUAGUAGUUUUUUUGCCUUUCUUGUGGUCAGCAAACGCACAAUGAUGUUUUCAUUUUUACACCUUUCCUUUCUUGUUUUAUUGUUGUAAAGAGUUUAUUUAUCAUGUGGUUUGUGUGCUCAUUGUAUGUAUUUAUUACCUCAUUAUUUGUUUUCC